AUGCUCCUCCUUGUUUUGACCGUGUGCCUGGCUCUAGAGCUCCACCAAUCUGAGGGAUCCUCAAUAGAUGCUUUGAGUACCACCAACGCAGAUCAACAAAAGGAGAUCGUUGACAAACAUAACGAGUGCAGGAGAUCAGUGCAGCCAACAGCUGCAAACAUGCUGGAAAUGAACUGGGACCCCGACACUGCGGCAAACGCUCAACAAUGGGCCAACCAAUGCCAUUUAGACCACAGUUCAGAUGAAAGCAGAAUCAUUGGUGGCAGAAAAUGUGGUGAAAACCUCUUCAUGUCCAGCCAUCCCUCCUCAUGGACUCAAGCUAUCAAGGCUUGGGACGAUGAAAAAAAAGACUUCGAACACGGCACAGGAGCAACCUCAGAAGGUGCAGUCAUCGGCCAUUACACCCAGGUUGUUUGGUAUAGCUCUUUUAAAGUGGGAUGUGCUUUAGCCUACUGCCCUAACCAGUCGUUCAAGUAUUAUUACGUUUGCCAGUACUGCCCCGCAGGGAACAUACGAAGUAAACUUAAGACCCCCUACGCAGCAGGAACUCCAUGUGGUGAAUGUCCAAAUAACUGCAAGGACGGAUUGUGCACUAAUCCAUGCGAAUACGACGACGACUACACCAACUGCGGUAACCUGGUUGUGAUGGUGGGCCCCAACCACCCGUUAACAAGAAAGCCUCCUGCUCACCACCGCAGCCUCUGCCAGCAUUCGGAGGCCGGCAGGAAGCGGCGGAGGCGGCCGGGGCCAGCUGGGGACCGGCAGCCGGGCCUGCAUGCCGGCACCGGGGCCACUCACACCGGCGUACGCCAUCCAGGCACCAGCGAAGGCAGCCCGGCGGAUGCUUUGAUGACCACCAACUCGGAUCAACAAAGAGAGAUCGUCAACAAACACAACGCGUGCAGGAGAAUGGUGCAGCCACCAGCCAGAAACAUGCUGGAAAUGAAUUGGGACCCCGCCAUUGCGGCAAACGCUCAACAAUGGGCCAACCAAUGCCAAUUAGGCCACAGUUCAUCGGAUAGCAGAAUUGUUGGUGGCAAAAAUUGUGGUGAAAACCUCUUCAUGUCCACCCAGCCAAACUCAUGGUCUGAAGCAAUUGAGGCUUGGGACAAUGAAAAAAAAGACUUCAAAUACGGCGUUGGAGAAACCUCACCAAGUGCAGUCGUCGGCCAUUACACCCAGGUUGUUUGGUAUAGCUCUUAUAAAGUGGGAUGUGCUGUGGCCUAUUGUCCUACAACACGGUUCGCAUAUUUUUAUGUUUGCCAGUACUGCCCCGCAGGGAACAUGCAAAAUAAACUUAAGACCCCCUACGCAGUCGGAUCUCCAUGUGGUGAAUGUCCAAAUAACUGCAACAACGGAUUGUGCACUAAUCCAUGCCCAUACGUCGACAAGUUCAGCAACUGCGGUGACAUGGUUGCGCAGUGGGGACCCGACCACCCGGACCUAAGAGACUCCUGUCAGGCCUCUAUUAAAUGUACCAAGGAAAUAAAAUAA